AUGGACGAACAACACCCAGAGAGCACUACAAUACCCUCUGAUCCCACCAUACCACCACCCGCGGCGCCAGAGAAACCAUCGCACCCACGCCAACGCCUAUCAAACAUACAAAAACUCCGCAUCCUACUUAUUCGAUACCUCACCAAAACCGCCCACUCCACCGACCGCAAGCUAAUCCGCCUCUCCAAACUCCUCUCCACCCCUAGCGGCACCGAUGUCCUUCUCUGCACAAUCUCCUACACCCUCACCCUCACACGCGCCCUCCUCUCCCGCCUCCUCGAACGCCGCCUCGCCUACAUAGCGACCGACAUUGCGCAGAAAGCAGAUGGCGUACUUCUUCCUGGCGAGACGCUGAUUGCCAGUCUGCCCGCGCCCACGAGCACAAAAGUUAUGGCGCAAGUCGUUGGCAGCUCGAAAGCGCUGGCCGAAACGAUAAGCGACUAUCGCAUAUUCGUCAGAUUGUGGGGUGUUGUGGGACUGUAUACGUGGGCGCGGGGCACGUAUUGCACCCCCUUGUCUGGAGAUGCGAGCGGGAAGGAGAAGGUGCUGAGGAAGCUGACGUGGGCGGCGAUCGCGUCGUGUGUUGGCUUCCAAGUCCUCGAGAACGGCGCAUAUCUGUCGAGUAAAGGCGCGCUGACGACGGCGAGUUGGACGGGCGAUGUGGGCAAGGCGAGGGAGAAUCAGUGGUGGUUGUGGAGCUCAAGGUUUUGGGCUGUCUAUGUGGGAGUCGAGUUGGUGAGGUUGGGUGUCGUGCGGUAUUACAAGGAGGAUGAGCCUAGGGAGGGAAGUGGUGAUGGGGAGAAGGAGGAUAAAAUUAAGCGGGAGGAGAGGAGUAGAGAGAAGAAGUUGGAGAAUUGGUUGUGGUGGAAGGACUUGGCUUCGAAUAUGGCGUAUGCGCCGAUGACGGUGCAUUGGUCUAUGGAGAAGGGCUUGCUGAGCGAUUGGGGUGUCGGGGCGUGUGGUAUGGUUGCUGGUGGAGCAUUACUGGCUGAUGCUUGGAGAAAGACGGCAUGAGCGUAGAAAAAUUCGAAGUAAAGAGGGGGAGAUGAAACGGAAGCGAUCUCUUGCAAUAGAGUUAGAUACCCAAUAUAGAACUCAGUAUCAAAUGGCGC